UACAAUGAACGCGGUAACUCGGGGAACUGGGGAGCAAAGGGCGCGGAGCGGGACGGCCUCAGGCACGGCCGAGCCGGGCGGCACCAGCGCCGCGGGCGGUCAAACAGCCACACGUUUCCUAAGGGAUCCCUCCCGCCGCCUUCCCUCUGGCUGCCGGCGGGAUCGGCCCCGCUCCCGGCGGGAUUAGCCCCUCCUCCGGCGGGAUCAGCCGCUCUCCCGGUUCCCCGUGGCCCUGCGCUUCCGCAGGCCCCGGCGGCCGGAGGGGCGGCGGCGCGGAGGGCGCGGCAGGUGCCGUGCGGCGGCGUCCGGGAGGAGCGCCAGGGCACGGCCUCGGGCGCCCAAGCUCUUCUGCCUGAAAUGGCCAAGCAAAAUUCCCCAUCACUGGUUGAAGUUGUCAAACGAGUCGCAGAGCAGCAGCAGUCACAGGUGUCAGACAUAGAAAAAAGCAAAACCGUUCUUUUCCUACUGCAGGUGAAGUGCCAGGAACUAGAAAAAAAAAUUAAUUCUAUUCUGUUAGAAACAAAGACAACAGAAAGGGAAAUACAUCUGCAAGAUGAUGCCAUAGAAGUGACAAAAUACCAGUGUGAAAAUCUGGAGGCCCAAGUUAGAGCCCUGCAUUCUGAAAAUUUAAAAUUGAGGUGUGAUGCAGAAACACUACAAGAGGAGUUUGAGAUGAUACUUGCAAGAAAUAAUGAAUAUCGGGAAAAAAUAAAGGAUCAUAAAUGUCUUUUUUGGGAGAUGGAAAGUAAAUUGCCAGUUAUGAUUGAACUUGCUAGAAAGAAAGCAGUUGUGGAAGAAUUAAAGGCAAAGAAAGAGGAGUUAAUAUGUGAUCUCCAGAAUCCAGAAGGAUCUGUUAUAAAACAAGUGGAGGAAGAAAUCACACUUUUAAAAAGCGAAAUCACAACAUUGAAAGAUUUAAUCAAUAAAAAAAGAGAUCUGCUGGAAGAAGAGAGAAAAAAACAUGCUAAGCUUAGAAAAGAAAUUGAGGUACAGAAUAAGAGAUAUGAUGCUAUUUUAAAGCGUUUGCAUUGCCAGCUGAACAAAGUCCAUUCAAAUAAACGACAAUGGCACUGGAACAUUCAGCAGUUGGAGAAGAAGGCCGCAGAACUAAGAGAGUGUCUUGGAGUAGCAGAGUUACAAAACAUCAUGUAAAAAACUUAACAAAGCUGAAAUGCGUGUAAUCUUUUCCAGGCUGGGGAAUUUUUUCUGGAAAUGCUACAAAUCUUAAAUGGCCUGAUAACUGGGUUAGGCCUCAGUGAUUUCUUUCUUUUUAAAGUUUUUCUCUCUUUCAUUUUGUGGCCUAAACUAAUAGCCACAGUAAUAAGUUAGCUGUUCAGGAAGAAGGUUACUGACACUUCCAGGUGUUUUCAAAAUAUGUAUCAAUUUUAUCUAAAAAGUUAUUUGAAAGUCAACCAAACAAGAUUUGGGAAGUUCUGUUCUAUUUCAUUUGGUCUCUGAAGUUUUGGAUAUACACUUCUGUUCCUACACAGAAAUUAAUACUGGUAUAUAUUUGCACUCCUGAGAGACCAAAGUUCCUUUAUCUUUUAUCCACAUCUCUUUUAUUGCAACUUGCUAAGGAACUCUGAAAGCUUUGAUGGCCUGUAUUUUGCUCUGUGAGAAACUCAUAUAGAUGUUACAGUCUGCCAGGAUGUUCUGGCAUGGGGGACAAAGGGGCCAAAGGCUGUCCAGCUGUAAAAGGCUUUGGAGAAGUACAUUCAGAACUGGACUUCAAAUAAUCUGACUUCAACUGGUCUAAUAUAUGUUAGCAAAGAGGAGUGAGUAGGUACCUCAUCUGGACAGCUUUUAAAAUGGAACAACUCACCCUCAAGAAACAGGAAUGCAUUAUAGAUGAUUGAUGAUAGAGGAAUUUAUUGUCUAGAGGAUUUUAACUAAUAUCAGCCAUCUAACAUCUAAGUGCUUAUGAUCUAAGAUGACUCAACAUAAAUGACAAUGUAUUAAAAAUUCUUGUUAAAAUAGUGGUGAACGGUAGCCACUUCCCUUUACUUUCUUUUUAUUUUUAUAUUGCUUAGCAUUUGAAGAAUUUAUGGUACUUUCCCUACUCUUACACUUAAGGCAGUAGGUUCUGCUUAGACAUAACUUGUAAUGUUUAUUUGUUCUAUGAAGGUAGCUUUUUAUUUAAAGUGUUGUCUUGAAUAAUUUAGAUUUACCUUUACUCAUGAAUAUAAAAUGAAGACUUAACUAUUUACUGUGAAAAAUGUUAAACUGCUUAUAUAUUGUUAUCUUAUGAAAGCAAAGCUUUAAAUGUAGUACUAUUAUUACCUUCAUAUAUUCAUGUAUAUUUACAUUUCCCUUAAUAUGUUAUUUCACUUAAUAUAAAGUUAUUUUAAGCAAUAUCCUGAUUCAUUAAGGUUCUAUCUCAACAUUGUUAGUCUCUCAAGGCUUUUUUGCUCAGUCUUUUUCCUUUGCAAUAAUAUGAACCAGGCUGCUUUCAUUAAAGCAAUAAAGUAGAAAUAAAAACCUCAAUAUCCUAUGCUAUAGUAGCAAUAUGUCCUGAAUAUUGAGUCUUAUUGAGCAUGUAGCACAAAACUGUAACAUUACAAUUGUUUAUCCCUACAUAGAGCAAAAUAGCAUCCAUUUUAUGCAUGUGUGUCUUCUAGAAAGGGUCCAGAUCUGAAAAGUUCAAGAAUUUACUGUGUUCCUGUUAGUUUCAGUGAUUAACUGCUCUUCUUUUAUUUUGUAUGAUUCCUAGUUUCAGUUUAUUCAUCCAUCAAGUGAAAUGAGUGUACUUUAUAUCAAGGACAAUGAUAUAAGUAAAAAUACUGAUGCACUGUCUUCUUGAUGGGUUAGAUAGUUCAAGCCUUCUAAAGCUAUUGAUUGUCAGAUCUGAGCAACAGCUUUACCUUAAUGUAUCCCC